CUGAUUCAUUUGACUAGAUUAUUGAAAUCACUACGACCUGAAAAAAAAGAUUGAAAUCUUGGUUGGAUUGCAAUUUGCAUUUGCAAUUAUUAUUUAUACUAAUAUAAUUUAGGAAAUUCUCAUUUCAAUAUCUGGUUUUGUAAGGCGGUUUAUCAAAUAUUUUUGCUGUAAUCAGCAAGAGCUAUCUAUGUACCUGACAAUAGGAAGAGAUUGAAUCACAGACUGUGAUUGUAGAUAAAAAUCUUUGAGUGAAAUAAAUAGUGCAAGAUGUGUGGAGGAUUUACUUGUUCUAAAAACGCUUUAAUAGCGUUGAACAUUCUUUAUGUCGUGGUUGCUUCUAUCCUGAUAUCAGUGGCUGUGUAUGGGCAGGCCUCGGCGCUGGUCACAAAUUUGCCCAUAGUUGGAGGCAUUCUAGCAUGUGGCGUACUUCUUAUUCUUAUAUCAUUGCUGGGAUUGGCUGGAGCUGUAAAACAUCACCAAGUUAUGCUUUUCUUUUACAUGGUGAUUCUAUUCCUGCUAUUCCUGGUGCAGUUCUCAGUGGCAUGUGCAUGCCUUGCAGUCAACUCGGAUCAACAGCAGUUAAUGGCUCAAGAGGGCUGGAACACAGUAAAUAUGGAUGUGAAAGAGGAAGUUCAAAAGAGAUACAAAUGCUGUGGAUUUCAGAGUAGAAUUGUGCCGAUUAAUGGUACUGCCGACUUUCCUUCGUGCAAUGCAAUUGAUAGAAUUUGCUGUUCAAACAUGGAGAUAACACCUGAAUGCUGGUGCCAGCCAUGUGUAGAAAAUCUUAAGGAGACUAUCGACAGUGCUUUCAAACUAUGUGGCGGUAUUGGACUUUUCUUCAGUUUUACUGAGUUUCUGGGUGUGUGGUUGACAGUAAGAUAUCGUAACCAAAAGGACCCGCGCGCUAACCCCAGUGCAUUUCUCUGAAUGCUCUAAGGAUUGAAUGGUUUAAGCUAUUCGCAGUUUGGCUCGCCCGACGUUACCGCAACCAGCCUGACCCCAAUUACAUAGAACCUCACGCUAUAUUUCCCAGGAAGAAUUAUCUAUAUUAAAUCAAAUUUCUUUAGAUAUCAUAUUUUAGAUAAAAUAAUUAUGUCUCAAAAUGAAGUUAAAUAGAAAUUGAAAAACAAUUUUUCUUAUUGUUAUCAUAGUUAUACAAAAUAGCAGGGUCAAAUUAUUGAUUUGUGAAAAUUCCAAACAUGUAAACAAUUUUUUUAUAAACAAAAAAAGCAAAACUUCUUCUAUAAAGUACAUUUUGUUUAAAUUCCGAGUAUUGUCAAUUGCUAUGCAUGACAAAAAGUUUUACAAUAAUAAUGUCAAUAUUGUUUGCAUGUUUGGUUGUUUUUAAACCAAUUUAUAAGACGUAUUGUACCUUGUUCAAAAACAUCCAUAAAAAGGCUUUAAUUAUGACACUGAUAAUAUAAGACAUAGCCUUACGAAUCACUCACCUCGCGCAACGCUGUGAAGGUCAAAUAUUUCUUUAGAAAGUUAUCAAGUUUUUGCAUUGCUCCGUGCAAUCUUAAUUUAGCUACACAAUUCCUGUUAUAUAUAACUGAAUUAAACCAUUGUUACCAGUCCUAACGGCGGUCUCUCCGUCACUCGCUCUACACAAACGUAAUUUGGUUUUUAUUUGAAUAUUAAUCAAUCAAAUUCAACACAAUUUUGCAGACACAUUCUAGAAACUAAUAUCUAUCUAACUAAUAUCUAACUAACCACACACGGUUUGCUAGAUUAUUGUAAAAAUAUCCAGUUUAAAAGUUACACGGGCUUAAAGAUUUGUAUGUAAAUUCUUGAAAGGGGUUAACGUUAAAAGCUAAACGGGCUAGCGUUGAGUCCCUAA